UCGUUUUUAGUACGUUAAACGGAUUCGACACGGCUCGCUUUUCCUACUGUGUUUCCUUGUCUUAAUCAUUAGCGAUAUUUCCUUAAAAAACAACUAUUUUUAUUUCCAACCCAGAGUUUCCAUAAAAAAAGUUUUUUAUUAAAAAAUAUACAAUAGAUUACUUAUACUAGUGUUUAAUUAUUUAUUGUCAAACUUUCCUUUUUCAAAUAUAUCUUACCCUACGCUAAAUUAUUUGUGUUCUCAUUUUGAUCUUAUAUGAUAUAGUAUUUUUGUUAAUUGAUUAUAAUAAUCUAGGAUUACAAUUUUUAUUUUAAAUGUAUAACUAUAAUUUUCACGUAUUAAUAAUGCCUUUUUGUGCAAGUUCGAAUUUUUUUUGGAGUGUGAUUAUGAGCAAUAGUUUAUCAAAAAAUAAAACGUCUUCGUUGUAAGGUUGACAAAAUAAUGGGUUUGAAGAGCUAUUUACUCAUUUAAGGUUUGUUAGUCGUAUGGUGAUUUGCCAUAGGGCUGGCCGCUAUCAUGUGGCAUUCGGGUGGAAUGGGCAGUCACGGUGGCGGCUGGAUGAAACUGAUGGGAAUGGUGCACAGGGAUCGGAGAACGGCACAAAGGCAUGUACAGGAUGCAGCUACUGCGCUUUUGGCUCCAAUCGACAGGUCGCUGCCAAAACUCAGUACCCAAGACGAAGACGGCUGUGGUCCAGGGGCAAGUCUUGGCACAGGCCUCACACACGGUCAUCCUCAACAUUGCUCAGGGAGUGCUACAUUCGAACCAAUACCUCACGAUCACGAUUUUUGCGAGAGAGUAACAAUCAACGUGAGCGGACUGAGAUUCGAAACCCAAUUACGCACGUUAAAUCAGUUUCCGGACACGUUACUUGGAGAUCCUUGCCGACGAAUGCGUUACUUCGAUCCAUUGCGAAACGAAUACUUUUUCGACCGAAACAGGCCCACUUUUGACGCCAUCCUGUACUAUUACCAAAGUGGCGGCCGGUUAAGGAGGCCGGGUACAGUCCCGCUAGACGUUUUCUCUGAAGAGAUCAAGUUCUACGAACUCGGUGAACUAGCCACUAAUAAAUUUAGGGAAGAAGAAGGUUUUAUAAAAGAAGAAGAGAAACCUCUGCCAAAGCCUGAGUUCCAGCGUAAGGUUUGGUUGCUAUUCGAAUAUCCAGAGAGUUCACAGGCGGCAAGAGUGGUGGCUAUAAUAUCCGUGUUCGUUAUACUUUUGUCCAUUGUGAUAUUCUGUUUAGAAACAUUACCUGAGUUUAAACAUUAUAAAGUGUUCAACACGACAACAAAUAGGACGAAAAUUGAGGAGGAUGAGGUGCCAGAUAUAACUGAUCCUUUCUUUUUAAUUGAGACAAUAUGUAUCGUGUGGUUCACGUUUGAGUUGUCCGUCCGAUUUCUCGCCUGUCCAAACAAACUUCACUUUUUUAAAGACGUGAUGAACACGAUCGACAUAAUAGCCAUUAUCCCGUACUUCAUCACACUUGCCACCGUGAUCGCCGAGGAAGAGGAUCCAACAAUGAACUUACCCAAGGCGCCACAGAAUCCGCAGGAUAAGAGCACCAACCAAGCCAUGUCAUUGGCUAUACUCAGGGUCAUUAGACUCGUGAGGGUUUUCAGGAUAUUCAAACUGUCCCGACAUUCCAAGGGGUUACAGAUUCUUGGUCGCACCCUGAAAGCCUCCAUGAGAGAACUGGGAUUGCUCAUAUUUUUCUUAUUUAUCGGUGUGGUGCUUUUCUCGAGCGCGGUAUACUUCGCCGAAGCCGGCUCAGAGAGUUCCUUCUUCAAGUCUAUCCCGGACGCAUUUUGGUGGGCUGUUGUUACCAUGACGACUGUGGGCUAUGGUGACAUGACACCAGUGGGUGUGUGGGGAAAAAUUGUUGGUUCAUUGUGUGCGAUUGCCGGUGUACUUACAAUCGCACUACCAGUUCCCGUUAUCGUGUCCAAUUUCAACUAUUUUUACCACAGAGAGACUGACCAAGAAGACAUGCAAUCGCAAAAUUUCAACCAUGUUACUAGCUGCCCUUAUCUUCCCGGUACUCUAGGUCAACACAUGAUUAAAUACCCUCGAGGCGACUCGACAUCAGAUCUUAUGGAUUUAGAGUCAACUGAUAAUUGUUUACUGGACUCGGAGGUGGACGAACCGCCACUGUCGUUGCCUCCACCCCAGCAGCCAAAGCGGUUCAAUAGUUGUGCCACUGUGGUUAGGCUCAAUAAUAAUAGCAUCAAGAGGUUUAGUAUCGAAACCGACGUCUGACUAACAGUAUUCCAAUUGCAAUCCGGUGGCCACUCAGGUCUCCAAACGCCUAUAAGGUGCUGUGCUGUGAUAGCUAAGAUGUUUCCUUCGUUAAGUUACCUCCAACAUGUUUUAAUUACUGUAAUAUUUUUUUAAUCAAAUAACGUUGUUUGGAAUCGUACUUGUAACCAUUCUUUUGAUGAGAUUAUUUUCUAACAAAGACAAAAUGAGUGGUCUUAGGUUGUAACAUAUAACAUAUAAAUUCAUUUCCAAUCAAAAGUAUGGACCAUCUUGAAAUUGUUUUGUUUUUGUUAAAUUAAAUAAAAAAAUGUUUAAUGGAUGAUAAAAUAUUUCAGUCAAGAUUUUAUCUUAAAUUGCAUCAAAUGAAUAUGUAAGUAUAUUUAAUUGUUAUUUUUUAUUAAAAAAAAAAAAAAAAUCAAAUGAGUUGGAGAUAAAGGCUUUUACGUUUUGAUCAAAUCUGUACCUAUUAUAUAUAUAACUUUGCAAGCGUCUUGAUAUUUUUGAUGGCCUGUAGUGUCUUAUUAGUCGCAAGUCUUCCACAUAUACUCAUUUUAAUAUGAUAUUUAUAAAGCAUUAUUUUUUAUUUCGUUAUUUUAAUUUUUAUUAAUAUAAGUAGAUCAGAUAUAUUUAAUACAGUUUAAUUAUUUAAGUUCAUCUCGAUCGCUUCAUACUAUCACAUAAUUAUUACCAAUAUCUCUGUUUAAUUUUUACAACUGACACUGUUCUAUUUCAUUUAACUCGGUGAAUGAAACAUAAAUAAAUUGCUUACAAUGAGCAUUACUAGGGACCAAAAUAAUACGGCGCUUCAAUGGACAGAUUUGUUUCUUUUAUAAAUGUUCGAUUGUUUAAAAUAAUAAACAAAACUGAAUUAAUUUUUAAAUAAUAUGAUAUCAUAUGACUCGCUUUUUUAUGGUUUAAAAAAUUAUGCUAAAAUUAUUAUUUUUAUAUACUAUUAUAAUUGAUAUACUUAUUCAAGAUGUUUGUUAACGCUCCUGAAUAUUCACAAAUUUUUAUUGAAAUAAAUAUAAUAUAAUUGUCCUAGACCGUCACCUGUUGUUUUUAUAACACAGAACUUUAAUUUUAAAACAAUUAUUAAAACAAAAAUCUUAAAUAAUCUUUUUAUUAUCAAUGUUUUAAACAAAUUUGUUAUUGUUCCUACAAUAUAAUUGUGAUUAUAACUAAAAAUACUUUCAUUAAGACGAAAACUAAAAAAAUUCACCAAAUUUAAAUGGAUUACAGGGUAAUUAAAAAAAUAGGUACCAUUUAUUGAUUUAUAAAUAGAGAAAAUCAAUGAAUAUUUUAUUAUGACUUAUUAAACCCUGUUGUUACAAAUAAAUAAAAACCAACAAGACGGUCUAAAACAAUUUCUGGGUUCAUACACAACCAGUUGGUCAUAAUUGGUAGUAAUUCAUUUUUAUUUACUUGUUACAAAAUGUUUUGUCUUGUCCCAAAAAAAUUAAUUUUUAUUUUAUUUUGAAUACAAUUUUUUUGGCUAAUUAAUUUUAACAAAACUUUUUAAAAAUAAAAUGAAAAUUUCUAUUAAGACUUAUUUAAUUACCGUUAAAUUAAUAAAGUCAUACAAAUCUUAAACAACGGUUUUACUUUCCAUAGAAUAAUGUAUUAAUCUAUUAAAAAAUGUACUACAUUGAUAAUGGUUACCUAUGUAAAAAAUGUUUAAUUAAUUCAAUGCAAAAUUUAUAUUAAUUUAAAGAAGUAUUAUUGAGAAACCGGUAUUAUUUUAAAUAUAAACAUUUUUCUAAUCAUACAAAAAGUUAUAAUAAUUUUGGUGUUGUAACUUACAACACGGAGCAUGUUUUAUUAAAAUUUUUAUUGUGCUUUUAGACUGUUCUCCAGAUGUGUGUUCUUAACAAUAAGUCAGUAUGUAUAAUUAUUAUUUUGUAAUUUUAAACUGCUGAAGUUUACAAGAAAUUUUACAAAAAGAAAAAAAUAUAUUAACAGUACUAAAUUUUUCAUGUACCUCAAAAGAAAAAUAAUUCUAAUAGUUGUCUUUAAUAGAUUUUUAAAAUUUUAGUUACGUUAUCUUUCUCGAUAUUUUCGGGAAAAAUUAUUUUCCUAUUUUUCUGUUCUUCCUUAUCUACGCUAUUUAUAUAUUUUGUUCUUUGUUAUUAAGAAAUUAUUAUACUUAUAGACGUUCAGUAUACGUCCAAUAUACUUUUUCUUAAGCUAUUAUAGUUACAGUACUGCCAGUACUUAAAGUUCGAAUAAUAUUUCAUUAAUUAUUUGUAAGAAAAUACCAAAAAACAACUUAAACCAGUAUUUAACCAAAGAAAUAAAAUCAAUUGAUAUUUAGAUGAAUAUAAAGUUACAUUGUUAUAAUAUACAUUCCUAGAUUUGUUCUGUAAAUAAAUAAUUGAAUCGUUUAUACAUUUGUUUUGUUUUAAUUUUUUAUUGUAAUCAUUAUCAUAUUGUAUAAUUAUUAUAAUAAUUAUUAUUAAAAUUGUAGGUACCUUGAGUGAAUGUAAUAAUUUAAU